AUGGCAGAGAGGCAACAACAGAAACACGAAGGCAGGGUAAAGAUCGGCCAUUACAUCCUCGGCGACACGCUCGGAGUGGGAACGUUCGGGAAAGUGAAGAUCGGCGAGCAUCAGCUGACGGGUCAUAAAGUGGCUGUGAAGAUCCUGAAUAGACAGAAGAUUCGCAGUCUAGAUGUCGUGGGAAAAAUCAAACGCGAGAUUCAGAAUCUCAAACUCUUCAGACACCCACACAUCAUCAAGCUGUACCAGGUGAUCAGUACACCUACAGAUUUCUUCAUGGUUAUGGAGUAUGUGUCAGGAGGGGAACUGUUCGACUACAUCUGCAAACAUGGAAGGGUGGAGGACACAGAAGCUCGCCGUCUUUUCCAGCAGAUUAUCUCCGCUGUCGACUACUGCCAUCGGCACAUGGUAGUCCACAGAGACCUCAAACCUGAGAAUGUCCUGCUCGACGCCAGCAAGAAUGCCAAGAUAGCCGACUUUGGAUUGUCAAACAUGAUGUCAGAUGGAGAGUUCUUAAGGACGAGUUGUGGCUCACCCAACUACGCUGCUCCAGAGGUCAUCUCAGGAAGACUCUAUGCAGGCCCAGAGGUGGACAUCUGGAGCUGUGGGGUGAUCCUCUACGCCCUGCUGUGUGGAACCCUGCCCUUUGACGACGAGCACGUCCCCACGCUGUUUAAGAAGAUCAGAGGAGGUGUAUUUUACAUCCCCGAGUACCUGACCCGGUCUGUGGCCUCACUGCUGAUGCUCAUGCUGCAGGUGGACCCUCUGAAGAGAGCUACCAUCAAAGACAUCAGGGAACAUGAGUGGUUUAAGCAGGACCUGCCAGGCUACCUGUUCCCUGAGGACCCCUCAUAUGAUGCCACAGUCUUGGAUGAGGAGGCCGUCCGAGAAGUGUGUGAGAAGUUUGAAUGCACCGAGUCUGAGGUUGUGUCCAGUCUCUACAGCGGAGAUCCCCAGGACCAGCUGGCCGUAGCCUACCACCUUAUAAUAGAUAACCGGCGCAUCAUGACGCAGGCGAGUGAGUUCUACCUGGCCUCCAGUCCACCCCAGGGCUCCUUCAUCGAGGAGGGGAUGCCUCUGCCCCCGGGGGUUAAACCUCACCCAGAGAGGAUGCCUCCACUUCUAGCCGACAGCCCCAAGUCUCGCUGUCCUCUGGAUGCCCUUAACACCACCCGACCGAAACCCCUGGCGGUAAAGAAAGCCAAGUGGCACCUGGGUAUUCGGAGCCAGAGCAGACCGUAUGAUAUCAUGGCUGAGGUGUACAGAGCCAUGAAACAACUUAACUUUGACUGGAAGGUAGUGAACCCAUACCAUCUGAGAGUGCGGAGGAAGAAUCCAGUGACAGGUAACCUGGUGAAAAUGAGUCUGCAGCUUUACCAGGUGGACAACAGAUCCUACCUCCUCGACUUCAAGAGCAUAGAUGAUGACAUCAUUGAGGCGGUGGGUUUUAAAUCGGGUUCAUCCACCCCUCAGAGGUCGGGCUCCACUGCCGGUCUCCACAGACCCCGGCUGAGCAUCGACUCUUCCAGCCCCGCGGUGGAUCUGCCCCAGCUCAGCUCCUCUCUUCCGGGGUCCCUGUCCGGUAGCUCCCCUCACCUCGCCCCUCGCCAGGGGUCUCACACCAUGGAUUUCUUUGAAAUGUGUGCCAGUCUGAUCACCACGCUGGCCCGUUGAGACUUGUCGACUCCUAACCUCACUGUAACCUGGAUUUCAGUGGGGUUUUUAAGCCAGUUGCAAAUCUGGGAUGUUUGGAGUGACUUCCUCUGUCUGUCUCCUCAUCAUCUGUCAUAUCAGACUAGAAAAGGUGGAAAGCAAUACCUGUCCAGUACUCAGAAAGACAGAGAGAGAGAGAGAGAGAGGAAGCCAUUGCAUAAAGGUGAAUGAAUAACUUUUUAAUUUCUUGUUUUGACACAGUACUUGGGUCUCGGAUCCUGUGGACUGGAAUCUGUGAACUAGUUGAGGCCAGCAAGGUGAGAGGUCAUAGCAGAGGUCAGGUUCACUGUCACUCCUCCUACAAAUAUCUUCAAUCUGUAUCAGCUGCUGAAAUAUCACCACCCACCGUUACACUGUAUGGUGGGGAAUCCUGCUGAUUUGCCCCAGAUACUUGACAGAGGUCAGUUUUGCAUCUUGUCUUGUAUUUUUAUUAAGGCACUGUUUGUUAAAAUUGACAUUGUGUCUGAGGGAACACAUGUAAAGUUUAAUUUCAGGUUUUAUAUGGUUUGUAAAGAAAGAACUUUUGUUAUCCAUGUAUAUUAUAUUUAUAUUACUAUCAUUUUACUUAGCUGAGGUUGAAAAAGAAAUACCAAAUAUCCAACUUUAUACAUCAUAAAGAUUAUUAUUUAGAUAUCAGAUCCUUAUUUAUUUUCGAGAGAUUGUUUUUUAGGCAUUGUAGUUACAUUAUUUAAACACAGCAUCAGAGUAGAGUUUUAUCCUGAUCUCAACUAGAUUGUAGAUGACUGAUCUUAUAGCAACGGUGGGAUGGUGUGAUUGUACUCAGCACGGUACUGACCGGGCUGUGUUUAGUGUUCAAGCACACAUGCAUUUUCACAACCAAUAUAUUCUCAGCCAUUAUUUUAUACAUCCAAUACCUUAUAUAAAUAUGCAACACUCACACAGACUCCUUUACACUUCAGUUGAGUCCUUAAAAAAUGACAAGUUGAGCAACUGUUAAUGCGCUGCUCAUUGAUGCAUGUGCAGAAUGUAAUUAAAAGGAGCAAGCAGGCCUGUGACAUCAAGAGGACAGACGUGUCAUGUACGCAGCGAACUGAACAAAGACAUAAGCCAUGUGCAGUUUGUAGCAGGGAGGGCUGCAAUUAUCAGUUCUGCAGUUUUUUAUUUUUUUUUGCUUAAGCUUUACAGAAAUUAGGAAAAAGGACAUGUCCACAAGAAAAGCCCAGCAAAAUGAUUAACUUGAGAAUGGCUCCUUUAACAUGUUUUUGCUAAUUCUCAUCAUUAUUCUAUAGUAAUUUACAGAUAAAUCUAUGGAGUUACCUCAGCAGUACUGAACCUCACUAGCCCUCUGUAGAGAAUGAGGUGAUGAUGGUGAGAGAGGAGGAAGAAGGUACUAAGGUACUAAGGUAAUAAGCCACAGACACUUUUCUCCAUUUGCCUUAAAAAUGCAGCACAUUAAGUCUGUGCAUGUGUAUGUGAAGAGUGUGUGCUUGAGGAAGACUCUGGCAUAUUAGGAGGCUCUGCAGUGGUUUACCGAAACACCUGCAGAGUUGGUGGAGAGAGAGAAUCACAGUGUGACAGUGGUAAAAACAUGAUGCUUCGUAUGUUGUAGCUGUUGGACCUGUUGUCUGUGUGCGUCUGUCGUUGUCUGUUCAGUCUGCAGAGUCGCUGUUUCAUAACAUCACACACAUUGUGCGGACACAAAUUUUAAUGUAUGUUUUUUAGUCUUUGAAGACUGCCACGGUGAUAGUACUUCUAUAGACGUUCUGCAUAUUCAGGUUGUGUAUUGCUGUUGUUUUGCCAUAAUAUGUUUUUCAGUCUAUGUCUGAAUGUGAAGUGAAAGUUGGAGAGUGUUAGACUGUUGCCUUUCUACUGUUUUCAGUAAAACAUGGAGCAGAGAGGCAUGCUCCAUCUAAUACUGCUGUCACAAAGAGAAAUGAAUGAAAAUGUGUAAAUAAGACUAUGCUUGAAGCCUGAAUAUAUAUAUAUAUAUAUAUAUAUAUAAAUAGUACAUUUACUGUAUGAAAUGAAGCAUUUAGAAAUGAGUGAACAUCAGACUAGACUUGAACUCAGCAUUAUGGUGAAGGACACACUGACAGCAUUAUCAUGACAGGUAAUGAGGAAAAAAUAUUUCUUAGAUCAUUACUCAUGAUAGUGUUAGAAUUAUUAGUUAACAUUUCAUAAUAAAAGUUAGAAUUUUAAUCUUUAGAUGAUUUCACUGGUUAUAUUUUAUGAACAUUUUUCAUAUUUGUCAUAAUGUCUCCAACUUUUCAACCAAACAACAUAAUGACCUGAGAACUCUGAUGUACCUAUAACAGUUAAAUAUGAACUGAGAGUCUAGUCUGUCUUUGUGCAGAGCUGUGACAAUAAUUUUUUGAGUGAUUUUGCCUUAUAAAAGCAUUUAAUGGGUUUUGGUUGAAUCAGUGAAAUCCACAUUCUUUGUUUGUUCUCCUGAAACCCUUUAUUACGUGUUCUGUUUUUAUGUCCUGUGUCAGAUUGGCUUUCUUCUGUUAUGGUACAUUGAUCAUUCAGUAUACUCUGUCAGGGAGAAACUCCCUGCUGUAAGGCACAUACAACUACAUGCACACCUUUGUAAAAACAGUGUCCUUCUGUCAGUCUUCUGCUUUACACAACUAUUACUGUGUCUUACACGACUUGUCCUUUGUGUAGUGAACUCCUUUGGUCAGAUCAGGAUCAUAUUUGGCUGAUAAUGCAUUCAUUUAUUCCUGAUACUGCUGCUUAUAACUACAGAAUAACAUUGAUCGAAGAAGUGCACUAUACUGGAGAAGUCAUGAUUCACAUUUAAAAACUCCUGUUUUAACCAGUAUUUACUGUCACAUGUAGUACUGUACAAUUACAACUAUAUGCAACUACCAGUGGCAUGUUAGUCAUGUAAACUCUAAUCUGUGUUUAGAGCUGGAAACACAUGCCAGAGGGCCUAAUCAGCUGCAGACUUUCCAUGUUGUACCAAAGUGAAUAUUUUCCACAGCAAAGCUGUACUCUGUUUCUGUGUGGUGAGGUUCUUAUGAUUAGUGUAAAUCUAAAUUCACAUGUGUACAUGAUGUGUGUAUGUGCACACUGAUUAUUGUGAGGGUGUGUGUGUGUGUGUCUGAAUGAGUGUGUUUGACAUGUUUGUGUCUGAUUGGGGUUUGGAUUUCUCUUAUUAUGCACUGCAUGAUACUGUAUUGCUGUUAUGAUUUGCACUUUAAUGAGUAUUUAUUGAAAAACAAUAAACAAAAAUAAAAAAGGAACAUGUCUUAAUUCUUUGCAGAGUAGUCUGUACAUACAUGUGUACACACCCUGUGUUUUAUAAAAACCAAAACUGCACCCAUAGACGUCAACAACAGUAUCUUACAUGAACAUGACCUCACUACUUUACUUCUUUUUGUUAAUACUUAAUCAUCUGCUUGAG